AUGAGCGACGCCGGCGUCGAUCUGUGGAGCGCCACGGCCGUCGGUGUCGUCAAGCGCAAGGUGCGGCAGCAGAUCUGUGAGGCCUGGCUUGAGGCGGUGGAAGUGCACCUCGACGGCAGCCGGGAGGACGGAGGGAAAGCAAAGGACGAGAAAUCUGCCGACGGCGAGGACGAAGACGAGGACUCAGAUGAAGAGGCCGAACAAGAGAACGAGGCAAAGGACGGCAGCACAACGGAGACAGACGCCGUCGACGACGACGACGACAAGCAGACGAAAGAGCAGCAGAGGCAGGAUCUCUUCACCCAGUGGUUCUUCGACAUUCAUCUGUUCGAGUGCGCCUUUGGGCCUGCAGCAGACGGUGCAUCCACGGCGAGCGAACUAGCAGCCCUCGGCGACAAGGUGUACAGCCAUACGGGGCUCGAUGGCGCCGAGGCGCGGAAGCGGAUCGCCGCGUCGUCGCGUGAGCACUGGAGGAAGACGAGCCUGCUGUUUGGUCUGCUGGCGUGA